UUUUUUUUCUUAUUUCUCCCAUCCAUGAUCCAUCAAACUCUAAGCUUCAGCCUAAACAUGUAAAAUUUACAUGUUUAUAAAUUAAUCCUAGAAAAAAAAGAAAAAAGGGUAAAAAUGAGUCUAAAUUGUUGCCAUGUUCUUCAAAGAACAGACUCCGAUUUCGACAUGAACAAGAGAUUUAUUGUUGAUGAUGAUGAUAAAUCUAGUACUAAUAAAAAUUUAUCAAGCAUACUUCGUCAUAAGAUGUUAGCUGAAAGGAGUUGGUCAGGAAACCUUAUGCCACCCUGUUAUGACAAAGUUAAACCAACAAAUAAUGGUGCAAAUCCUAAGAAGUUAAAGAUGCACCAUCGUAGGCAUGGGAGCACUGGAGCAGUGCCAUUCUCAGACGACGAUGAUGAUCUUAUGAACGAGCCAAAGCUGGUGAGGAGUGGUGGGAUUAGAAGGGAUUGGAGCUUUGAGAACUUGGAAGCCCAGCAAAGGGAAGCCAGGAGAUCAAAGCAAAGAUAAUUUAAUGUGGUUGAAUUUUUCUAAGGGGUCAAUGGGUGGGUACAAUUCGAAUUUGGAAAGGGAGUUUUCCAUAUGUAAACUACAACUUUUAUGCAUUUUUUUCCUUUCCUUUUUGUCAUUCUUUGAUUCUUUGGUGUUAGAUUUUGUUAUAAAGAUAAACCAUUCAAUGUCAAGUAAAAAU